AUGGGAGAGCGCCAUAAUGCCAGCGGCUUCCCGUGCAUUUGGCAGCAGCACCUGCGCACGCUAGACGUGGACGUCAGUGAGGAGGAGAAGCAGCGCAAGAACUGCGGCAUCGUGUGCAAGGUUGGCGACUUCAGGCUCAGAGCGGGCAAGGUGCUGCCCGGCCGCCUACGACUUGGUGCGACGGUGGCGAAGGUGGUGCACCAGGAGGCGUACGGUGAGCUCUCGGCCAGCAAAUGGUCGCUCGGCAUCAUGUUCACGGGCUCGCCGCUCAAAGCCAACGCGUCACGCGCGCUCGACGCGUUCUGCGAGAUGUUCGUGGCCAAGGUCAUCGACUCGUAA